AUGGCUCUCUACCAGGCUAUGGUCAAGUCUGUCCUCUCUGGUGAUACCGUCAUCCUGCACAACGUGAACAACCCGAAGCAGGAGCGCAUCCUGAGUCUUGCUUUCGUCUCCGCUCCCAGGAUAAGGAGGGAGGGCGAUGAGCCCUUCGCCUUUGAAUCUCGCGAGUUCCUGCGCCGCAUCCUGGUUGGCAAGGUCGUGCAAUUCAAGGUUCUGUACACCAUCCCGACCUCGAAGCGCGACUAUGGCAUCAUCAGCCUACCUGGUGGCCUGAUGCUCCCCGACGCCGCAAUUGCCGAGGGCUGGGUCAAGCUCCGCGACGACGCCGACCGAAAGAACGACGCCGAUUCCUCGCAAGCGAUAGUACAAAAGCUUGAGGUCCUCGAAGCGCGCGCCAAGGCCGACUCGAAGGGAGUCUGGUCCGAGUCUCCGAGCCGUCUCGAGACUUCGUACGAUUUGCCUGACGCCAAGGGUUUCGUCGAGCAGAACAAGGGCAAGGACAUCGAUUCCAUUGUGGAGAAGGUCCUCAGUGGUGACCGCCUCAUUGCACGCCUACUUCUAUCACCGACCAAGCACGUGCAGACCAUGGCUCUCAUCGCUGGUAUCCGCGCACCAUCAACGAAACGUGUAAACCCCUCCGACGGCAAGGAACAGCCCGCCGAACCUUUUGGCGACGAAGCGCAACAGUUCAUCGAAAGCCGUCUCCUGCAGCGCACCAUCAAGUUCACUCCUCUUGGUGUCAGCCCGCAAAACCAGAUUGUCGGCUCCGUGAAGCACCCUCAGCGUGGAAACGUUGCGCCAUUCUUGCUUGAGGCUGGUCUUGCACGGUGCAUGGACCAACAUACCACGCUCUUGGGUGCUGAGAUGGGAAAGCUGAGGCAGGCCGAGAGAACCGCCAAAGAGAACAGGGCGGGUGUUUUCCAGGGCCACGUUGCCCCCAAGCAGAAUACUGCGGGAGCGGUCGAGGUCGUAGUCAGCAGGGUCCAGAGUGCGGACACGCUCUUCCUGCGCAACAAGGCAGGUGCCGAGAAACGCGUCAACCUGAGCAGCGUCAGACAGCCCAAGCCUUCGGACCCCAAGCAGGCGCCCUGGCAAGCCGAGGCUAAGGAAUUCCUUCGCAAGCGCCUCAUCGGCAAGCACGUCAAGGUCAGGACCGAUGGCAAGCGCCCUCCCUCGGACGGCUAUGAAGAGCGUGAGAUGGCUACCGUCACCUUCAACGACAAGAACAUCGCCCUGUUGCUGGUCGAGAACGGUUACGCUUCUGUAAUCAGGCAUCGCGCAGACGACUCGGACCGCAGCCCCAUCUACGAUGAUCUGCUCCUUGCUGAGCAGGAUGCCCAGCAAGAGGGCCGUGGUAUGUGGGCCGCGAAGCCCCCUGCUACCAAGGCCUAUGUGGACUACUCGGAGAGCUUGGAGAAGGCGAAGAGGCAACUCACCCUGUUGUCUAGGCAGAGGAAGGUCCCUGCCAUCGUGGACUUUGUCAAGUCCGGCUCGCGCUUCACUGUCCUCGUUCCGCGUGAGAACGCCAAACUCACUUUCGUCCUUUCGGGUAUUCGUGCUCCCAGGUCUGCUAGGAACCCGAGCGAGAAGAGCGAGCCUUUUGGUCAGGAGGCUCACGACUUUGCGAACAAGCGUUGCCAGCAGCGCGAUGUCGAAAUCGAUGUCGAGGACUGUGAUAAGGUUGGCGGUUUCAUUGGUACGCUCUACGUUAACCGUGAGAGCUUUGCCAAGGUCCUGGUCGAGGAGGGUCUUGCCUCGGUCCACGCUUACUCCGCUGAGAAGUCCGGCAAUGCUACUGAGCUCUUCGCUGCUGAGAAGAAGGCCAAGGAGGCCCGUAAGGGCAUGUGGCACAGCUGGGAUCCGUCCCAGGAUGAGGAAGAUGAGGGAACUCCCUUCGAGGCGGUUUCUAACGGUGCUAACGGCAGUGGCGAGUCGGCGGAGCGCCGCAAGGACUUCCGCGACGUCAUGGUCACUCACGUCGAUGAGGAUACCUGCCGUUUGAAGCUGCAGGAAGUCGGAGCCGGCACCACGGCUCUCACGGAUCUCAUGAAUGCCUUCCGCAGCUUCCACCUCAACAAGUCCAAUGACAGGCCGAUCGAGCAGGUCAAGGCCGGUGACUUCGUGUCGGCGAAGUUUACUGAGGAUGACGAGUGGUACCGCGCCAAGAUCCGCCGCAAUGACCGCGAGGCCAAGAAGGUUGAGGUCCUCUACAUCGACUACGGCAACUCAGAAACCAUUCCUUACAGCCGCCUUCGCCCUCUCGAUGCCAAGUUCAGCACCCAGAGCCUCAAGGGCCAGGCAGUCGACGCCGUCCUUUCAUUCACACAAUUCCCCACCUCCGCCGACUACCUCCGCGACGCGGUCGACUUCAUCGGUCGGGAGACCGCCGGACGCCAGAUGGUCGCCAACGUCGACCACGUGCAGGACAACACGCUCUACGUCACUCUGUUCGACGUUGCGAGCAACAACUCGACUGAGACAGUGAACGCGGAUAUCAUUGCCGGCGGCUACGCCAUGGUCCCGAGGAAGCUCAAGGCUUGGGAGCGCUCGGCCUCCGACAUCCUCAAGGCACUGAAGACGAAGGAAGAUGAGGCCAAGGACGAGAGAAGGGGCAUUUGGGAAUACGGUGACCUUACUGAGGACUAA